GGCUCUGCAAGAUAUGGCAUGGGAGUCAAGAAAAAAAAAAAAAGAAGAGAGUUAGAGGAAAACCAAGCCCGUUUUUGCUCCUGGUAAAUGCCGACAAAAAAGCGGUGACAUGCUUGCUAAAUUCCCAGUGGCCGCUGAAUCUGAGGUUUUUGGUGGUUUUCGUCUCGCCUGGAACUUAGUGCUGGCGCGCCGGUGCUUUUUUGCACCCAUUGCACAUCUCUACUCUUGUGCAAUUUAUCGGAAACAACAGCAGAGAACGCCCCCACCAAAGCCCAAUUAGUACAUCAAGGUAUGCUCACACAAGAUCGGACUGUAAAGAUCGGCAUAGAGACCGCUGCCAAUGCCCUCCGCAAAUUUCUCAAUAGUGGCGACUCUCCAGCAGACUGCACCGCGAUCCUCUCCACCAUCAACUCCGAGCUCCAGUCCAUGCCCCUGUCAGAAACAGUGCAGAAUAUCGUGCAAAACUUCUUGGAAUCGGAUCUUCUCAGCUCCGCGAGCGAAGCCUGGAACCAUGAAAAAAUCUCCGAGGACUUGGAAACCGAGAUCCUGAGUCUCUUUCAUUUGGUGACUCUGACCAUAUUCGAGGGCCAAGGCGACUUGUCCCUGGGACUUCAGUACCGAGAGAGCCACACCAACAAGCUCGUUUGUCUGUUCUACCACAAGCUAUACAAAGCUGCGCUCGAAAGCCCAAGCCCAAAGUUGACGGGGUACACGAACAUCCCUAUUUCUGAAAAGCUCAUAUGCGGCCUUUCGGCAAACCCAAGUUUCGUGAUGUCGUUUUUUGAUCACCACGGCGAGUUCCUCCCAUACGCGUUUUUGGUCCAGCACAUUCCUGUUUUCUUUGAGCAGGUGUCAUUCUGCCUCACUGCGUGCAAAGAGGACCGAUACUUGCUGUCGUACAUGACAGAUAACUUGAGCAUUCUUGUAAAGAAAGUCACUUGGGGCGAAAUCUCCAGUUUGUGGGACCUGGAAAACGCAUGGAAGCUUCUCUUCUUUUGCGAUGUGCUCCAGGGAAGAGUAGUUUGCGACCAGGUGCUUUUGCUUUUUGAGCUGUUCCUUCAUUCGAUUGAUUCAUGGAAGGUCUUAUUCGAGGUGUCCCUUUAUUUCUUGAACAUGGUGUCACACAAUCCUCAGCUCGACGCGAUCAUUGCAGAGUCCACAGACACACGGAUGGUGCUUGUCAUGCGGAACGCCACUAAAGAGCCACUUACAGAACAAGAGGAGCUCGUCGUAUGGGACUUCAUAUGUAAGGUUUUGGAAAGCAACAGCGUCGAUUUGAUCCUCGGCCUCUUCUACGACACGUCAGCGCACCAGAACAAAGACAACUUGGCUCACAUUCUCAAGGUCUACCGCAGAAACACAUAUAGAUUGAUGGCGUCGGACGUCUGGUUUGUCGAAACAUUCACAAAGUGCUUUCCUGACUUCUGCAAGAUGGCCAUGUCAACACUGCGUUGCAACGUGGAAUUCAGUCUGAAGAAGUCGCUCGCGUGCUUCUUCAACGCCGGGAUCAACAACUUCCUCAGCAACUCCUUGAUCACCAACAGGUUCAUCUACUCGGUGACCAUCCAUUUGUUGACGUUCGACUGCUCCGAAAUCGCCCAGUUUCCUUGCCGCAUCAUCGAUAGGAUCGCCGAUCUCCUACAGUCAAUCGACGCAUCUAAAUUCAAAGAGGCGAAGCAAAGUGUGAGCGAGCCAGACGGCAGCAGCCGGUCCUUGAAAGAAAACCUCCAGAUGCCCUCGGCGGACGAGAUUUCAGAAACUGAGCGGCCUCGGUCCGGAAUUGAAAGGUUAAAUUUCAAGAGCGAGGGCAUGAGGCAGAAUUUCUUCUUGCUUGAGGCGAUUGUGGCUACGCUCUAUGCCGCCAUCAAGGCCAAAUCGAUAGCCCUCAGCCGGUCCACAGAUAUCGCAAAUCGGAAGCGGGACGGAUCUCGAGAAUGUUUGGAUUGCCAGCUGUCGCUAAAUGAGGCUCGCCCAACGCUAAGCCGUGGAUCUGGUGGAGACGCAGCGUUGUGACUCUCCCAAUGCAAGCACUUCUCAACACAGCUGAUAUCUGCUUGAAGGUUCAAGGCUGUUUUCACGUGUCGGUUCCGUUGUCCUGCCAGCUAUACGUACCAUACCAAGGUUCUACAAAAAUUUUUGCUAGGCAUUCUGUGAGAUUAUCAUUUAUUGUUCUAGUUCCUUCGAAUAGUCGUGCGUUUGGGUGGUCUUAAGCCUUGUAGGACCUCGUGCCGAAGUCGGAUCUGAAAAUGGCAUCACCCUCAGAGUAUCCUCUGCCCAAACCGAAACCAACACCGAGCCAGACAGGGAACGACCUUCUCUUAAAUAAAAGAACGGAAGCCAAAACUCCGCCGCCAAAACCCAAAGCGGUUUUGAUCAUGGUGUUGGACAAAACAACAUCCCACUGUUUGUUAGUAUGUAUGGCCUAUAAGAACAAAGCUUUCAGGACCUCGCGGCCUAAAUUGAGAUUUUCUCGAGUGUUCUUCAUGGA